ACUUCCGCCCUGUUGUGAAGUGGGUGUCUCGGUGGAGGCUGGGGGAGCAUUUCCUCUCCCAGGAGCCCCUUGAGGACACACUACAGAUGCAGGAAGACGCUGGACAAGGACGGCCAGCUGAAAGGAGGCAUCCAGGAGAGACCAUGGCUGUAGCCCUGGAAGCCCGGGCCCAGGCCUCCCCGCUACCAGAGCCUGAAGAACUCUUGAUUGUCAAGUUGGAGGAGGACUCGUGGAGACCAGACUCCCAACCCCGGGAGAAGGACCAUGACCCUGUCCCUGGCCCCGAGGCCUCCCGCCAGCGCUUCAGGCAGUUCCGGUACAGGGAUGCGGCGGGACCCCACGAGGCCUUCAGCCAGCUCUGGGCACUCUGCUGUCACUGGCUGAGGCCGGAGAUCCGCCUCAAAGAGCAGAUACUGGAGUUGCUGGUGCUGGAGCAGUUCCUGACUAUCUUACCCAGGGAGGUCCAGGCCUGGGUACAGGCGCGCCACCCUGAGAGUGGCGAGGAGGCAGUGGCCCUGGUGGAGGAUUGGCACCGAGAGGCGCGGGCCAUGGGACAGCGGGAACUGGAACUGUGUGCAGAAGAGACCAGGUCCUUAAAGACAGUGAAGGAAUCUCAGAGCUUCCAGCUGUGGACAGCAGAUCACUGGCCCGAGGGACAGUCCCAGAAGCAGUGGGUGAAGAAUCCAUGUCCUGACCUUCCCAAACGUCUAGACACCAAGAUGGCACUACAGCCCUUGAAAGAGGGUGCUGUCCUCACUCCCCGAGUCCCUACUCUACCAAAGAUGGGAAGCGUUGGAGAUUGGGAGGUGACAGUGGAGUCUCAGGAAGCCCUGGGUCCCGGCAGACACGCUGAGAAGGAGUUCUGCAAGGACCCCCCAGGAGACAGCUGUGGGAACGGCCUGCCCCUGGGAGUUCCAGUUUCAAAACCAACCAUCAUCUCCCAGCAAGAGCAAGGACCAGAAUUUUGGGGUCCAAGAUUUGUAAAUUCUGGACAAAAGAACCCUGAAGAUUACAGCUGGGAUACUGAGCAGACAAAACCAGCUCAGGCAUUGGCCUGGAGGGAUUCCAAGGCCUGGGAAGAACGAUAUCAGUGGGACGUGGAGGAUGUGAAAGUAUCAGGUGUGCACUGGAGCUAUGAGGAGACUAAGACUUUCCUGGCAAUUUUGAGUGAGUCUCCUUUUUCUGAAAAACUCCGGACUUGUCACCAGAACCGCCAGGUGUACCGGGCCAUUGCAGAGCGGCUGAGGGCACAGGGCUUCCUGCGGACCCUGGAGCAGUGUCGCUACAGAGUCAAAAAUCUCCUACGGAAUUACCGGAAAGCCAAGAGCAGCCACCCGCCGGGGACCUGCCCCUUCUAUGAGGAGCUGGAGGCCCUGGUGAGGGCUCGGACGGCCAUCAGAGCCUCAGAUGGCCCAGGAGAGGCUGUGGCUCUCCCCAGGAUGGGGGACAGUGACAUGGAGGUGGAUGAGCAGGAGGAAGGGGGCUGGGAGCCUGAGGAAACAACGGACGACUGUAAUGGUGAUGACAGUCACCUGGCCACUGAAGAGUUCGUCCACAGACCCAGGAUUCCAGGGGGCCCAGCUCUGCUCCAGAGUCGUAUUGCAGGUGUGCACUGGGGCUACGAGGAGACCAAGGCCUUCCUGACCAUUCUCAGUGAGUCCCCAUUCUCUGAGAAGCUUCGCACUUGUCACCAGAACAGCCAGGUGUACCGGGCCAUUGCAGAGCGGCUGUGUGCACAGGGCUUCCUGCGGACCCUGGAGCAGUGUCGCUACAGAUUCAAAAACCUCCUUCGAAGCUACCGAAAAGCCAAGAGCAGCCACCCACCUGGGACCUGCCCCUUCUAUGAGGAGCUGGACUCGCUGAUGAGGGCUCGGACUGCGGUUAGAGACAUGGGGACCAGCAAGGAGGCAGUGGGUCUUCCUACUUCUGGGGAGAGUGGUACCCAGGUUGUCAACCAGGAGGCCUGGGAUGAAAUGGCAGGUGAAGAUGCCAUCAGAUCUCCAACCCCAGGUCCUAAAACCCCAGACACUGGUUUUGAGAUGAGGCAUGAGGAUGAAGACCAGAUUUCAGAGCAAGACAUUUUUGAAGAUUUGCCUGGAGCCUUAUCAAAGUGUACUGCAGAGGAUGAUUGCUACCCUCAUGAUUGGGGGGAAGACAGUGAAAAUGAAAACGAAGGUAAAGGGCAGUGGGGAAAUCCAUCCCAGGAUCAGUGGGAAGAAUGUUCUUCUGAAGAGGACUUAGAAAAACUCAUCGAUCAUCAAGGCCUGUACCUUGCAGAGAAACCCUUCAAGUGUGACACGUGCGUGAAAAGGUUCAGCCGGAAUUCGCAGUUAAUCGCCCACCAGCGGAUACACACAGGUGAGAGGCCCUACAAAUGCCUUGAAUGUGGGAAAAGAUUUAGUGACCGCUCCAACUUCAAUACCCAUCAGAGAAUCCACACUGGAGAGAAGCCCUACAAAUGCCUUGAAUGUGGGAAAAGCUUUAGUGACCACUCCAAUCUCAUCACCCACCAGAGAACGCACAUGAGGGUGAAACCCUAUAAAUGUGGGGAAUGUUGGGAAGGCUUCACCCAGAGCUCAAACCUUCUGAAACAUCAGAGAAUCCACUUGGGAGGAAAUGCUGAUCACUGUGGUGAGCCUGGGAAAAACUCUGGCCAGAGCCCAUCCUUUAGUGCUCACUGGAGGAACUCAGCAGAGGAGACAUCUCUGGAACAAACUCAGAGUGCCAGUAAGAACUUGAAUUCUCCUGGACUGCAAAGCACCAACUCAGGGGAUAAACUUUAUCAGUGUUCCGAAUGUGGAAGAAGCUUCUCCAAGAGUUCUGCCCUCAUCAGUCACCAAAGAAUCCACACGGGAGAGAAACCAUAUGGAUGUACCGAAUGUGGGAAAAGCUUCAGUAAGAGCUCCACUCUGGCCAACCACCAGCGAACCCACACUGGGGAGAAGCCGUAUGAGUGUGCGGACUGUGGGAAAUGCUUCGGGGAGCGUUCCAAGCUCAUCACACACCAGAGGGUGCACACAGGAGAGAAGCCCUACAGAUGCCUCGAGUGUGGGAAGUUCUUCCGUGACCGUUCCAACCUCAUUACCCACCAGAGAAUCCACACAGGAGAGAAACCUUAUAAGUGCAGAGAGUGUGGGAAAUGCUUUAACCAGAGCUCCAGUCUUAUUAUUCACCAGAGAAUCCACACUGGGGAGAAACCCUACAAGUGUAUGGAGUGUGGCAAAGAUUUCAACAACAGCUCCCACUUCAGUGCCCACAGGAGAACCCAUGCAGGAGGGAAGGUGUCAUAGGAGACAAAAGAGAAAAACGUAUAUUUAAAUCUCCCAAGAUCCUAAGACGUAUGCUAGAAAGAAACUGUCCCAAUUUUUAAGAUUAGCGUGUACCUGGGGAACUUACCUUGGUACAGUCCAGGUAAUUCGGAAGUGAAUUACAAAUGCUAAUGAUCCAGAUUUGAAGGCACUUUUCUUAAGUGUCAUGUGUUUUUUCUCCUGCAAAAAAACCCACACAAUCCUCAGGCUGCCCUUAUAUCUGCUGUCGUGUAAGAGCUUUAUCAGUGUUUGAGCCAGACUGGUAACUGAGGGGAUUAGAGGUAAAUCAGUGAUCCUGAGCAGUGAUUCUAGACCUUGCUGUGCCUUCACACUGUCCACAUGUACACACGCCCCAUCAGUGUACGUUGGCAGAUUCUCAUACGUGGCCAUUUUCCGUUGGGGCAUAACCUCCUGGGAGAACUUUGAGACUCUCCAGUGAUGGGGGCAUAAUUGAGAAUCAGUGGCCUAGAGCAGCCACCAUAAGCUUAUCAAAGGGUAGAAACAACAGUGACAUCAUUACUAGAUCAUUAUUAAUAAUAGCAAAAGUAGCCAGCAUCUAUCGAGCUCUUCGGCAGGCUCUGUGCUAAGCACUUUGUAUACAUCAUCUCAUUUACUCCUCACGGCAGCCCCAGGAGGUACUAAUAAUUUCCCCAUUUACCAGAAGAGAGAAGUGACUUGCUUGGGUCACACAUCUGAAAAUGGCAGAGGCAGGAUUCAACCAGCUCUGUCUCUAGGGCCUGAGGUGCUUUCACUGCUUCACUGAAUCCCCUUUCACAUUGGGGCAGGUAACUCAGGUGCCAAAGCACUUUGUAGACCACAAUUUUCUGUUAAAAUUCCCUAUGAGUUCUGUUUUUAACAUAUAUGGACAUUGAGAAUCCCAGAAGAUUGAAGG